AUCGGAAGAAGCCUCAAAGUGGAUCUGAUGUGGAUGACUAAGACGCGGAAAAGUUCCUGUAGGUCCCUAAUCUCAUCUGUCAAGCAACACGCGAAGGAGAGCAUAUUUGGAGGGUGAAGCUUGCCAUUCCACGACCACAAUGCUUGCCUCCAGCCGAGGAACGGCCUUGAGGCAGGUGUUUGCCGCCUCGCCAGCUACGACGAUACCGGCUUUUCUUGCGCCAUUCCUACAGCAGCAAAAUUUCCUGCUGUCCCGACGACAGUUCUCCUCGACGCCGACACGGCAUUCGAAGCUUGGCCGAACGCCUCUAUCGAUUCCGCCUGGUGUGGAGCUGGCCAUCAGCGAGCCCAAGCUGAAGAAGGAUCCGACGAGCUAUCUCAAGGUGUACAAGAGGACCGUCACCGUCACCGGGCCCCUGGGCAAAUUGGAUCUUGAGAUCCCGUCUUUUUUAAAUAUCGACCACGAUGUCGAGGGCAAGCGGGCGCUUCUUAGCGUCGAGGACUCGAAUGUCAAGGAGCAGAGCGAGAUGUGGGGCACGACAUGGGCCUACCUCCAGCGCUACAUCAUGGGCGUCUCGGAAGGUCAUACGGCGAUUCUCCGUCUCGUAGGCAUCGGAUACCGCGCGACCGUCGAGCAGCGAGGCGGCAAGGAAGAGUUCCCAGGCCAGAAAUUUCUCUGCCUCAAGCUUGGCUUCACGCACCCGGUCGAGCUGGGCAUCCCGCGUGGCGUCAAGGCGACGGCAGCGAGCCCGACGCGUAUCCUUCUUGAGGGCAUAGACCGGGAGGAGAUCAUGAGCUUUGCUGGCCGCGUGCGCAAGUGGCGGCCGCCGGAACCGUACAAGGGCAAGGGUGUCUUCAUCAACGACCAGACCAUCAAGCUGAAGCAGAAGAAGAUCAAAUAGAUGAGGCAGAGUUGGCAGACGAGAUGUGUGGAUGGAUUUAUGGCACCGCUACAAUGGACCCGAAUGCGGUGCGUAUCCAACGGAAAAGCCGGAGGGCUGUGUAUAGCUAUAUUG